UCUGCUGUUUCUGCUGCUCCACUCUCUCACUCGCCUGCCGCCAUGACCCACAGCCCCCACUCCGCCGCCAUUCUCCCGCUCUCGUCCCUGCUGUCUGAAUCGCUGUCUCAGCUCUAUGGGCGCACCAGCGAGCGUUUGAACAGACUUCCCACUCUCUUUGAGGUGCUCAACAGAAAGACAUUACCUCCAGUUGACCUCUGGUCCUUCUACGUCUUCAUGAGGGACAACCAGCAUGCUGUGGACUAUCUUGACUUUUGGAUUGAUGUUGUUAGUCAUCUAGCCUUGUGCAAACAGUACGUCAAGGGCUUGAGGGAAAGUGUCUUGGAGACUCCUCUCUCCAUGCCAUCGCUGCCAGACAUUAGAACCUCUACUAAUCCUUCAAUUGCUCCUACUCAGUCAAAGAAACACUCCAAUUCCACUAUAAGUGGUCCUGCCACCAUCACCGGAACCCAGGGCACCACUGUCGCCAACAGUCCCUUUCAAAGAAACUCAGUGUCUUCCUCUAUUCUUUUAGAAGCCUUGGUCAAUGAUGGCGUUCUUGAUGACAGUAACCCUAAAAGACUAUCUUCCUUUCUCAGAGGCGAUGAACAGGUCAACGAUCCUGUCAUUUCUUCCUAUAUUGAAAGAUACCAAAAUUCAAAAUCUCCCAUCACCAAUCGUUUUUCUCAUAAAAAAAAUGAUAGUGCAAUAUUACCUGCAAUUCAAAAGGUUUACGAUAGCUAUACAAAUGAAAAAAACACAAAAAAUAACGAAUUUCCUCUACCUUCUCCACUCACUGAAAAUAUUUCUGAAAAGGAAAGAAUAAAUUUCAUCAAUAAAUCUGGGACUCAAACUUCUGCCACUUCUGGUCCUGCAGGCCUUGCAACCAUUUCCCCAGAAAUGGUUGAACAAAUGCUAAAUGACGACGAAAAUAUAAACUACAACUCUAAAGACCACUUGAAGGACAAAAUUACAAGAGAUGAUCUAAGAUUAUCUUCGAGAAGAAUCCUAGUCACCUAUUUCAUCGAUAACUCUGAAAAGAAAUUACAAUUGCCUGAUAGAAUCACUAGAUCUAUCCAUCACGCUAUUGAAAUUCAAGGGAGAGAUGAUCCUGAGGUUUUUGAUGAAUCUAGAGAUUACGUCUUUCAAGCAAUGGAAAGAGAAGCUUUUCCCAAUUUCCUCAAAUACGCUGCACUCAACAAUAUAACUGUCAAAUCCUACAACUUUAGACUAGCCAUUGGCUUGUUUUUCUUAUUUUCAGGCUUUUGGAUUGGUUACACUCUAAUAUUUCUCGGCUAUAAACCAAGCAGUGCAAGACCUGUUGUCACUGUUCCUUUUUUCUUUGGUUCCUAUUUUAUAUUGACUGCAAUUUUCAGACUAGAUCCAGUUUUGUGUUUCGCUAAAUACUGCGAAACUAAUACCCUUCACGAAUCUACCGAUGAUUAUCCUUAUACCAGAAAUACCAGUUCUCCAAAUGCUGUUGCUAGAAAACUUGGCUUGAUGAAAAUAAAAGAACAUUACGUUGGCACUCUCCUAAUAAAAAGAAGUAUCUGGGUAUUAAUCCUAAUAUGUUUAGCAAGUGCUGCUUUCUCAAUCUUGUUUUCCUUGGUCCCUGAACAUCGUCUAUAAUUUACAAUGAACAUUUAGUUUGCUUUAUAUUUAAAACUUUUCCUCUGUUUUUACUAUGGUUUUCUUUCAUCUAUUAUUCAAAAUCUGUUUUGUUAUUUAUCUCUUUUACUUCAUCUGCUAAUUUUUCUAACUUGUGUUGAUUUUG